AUGAAGUUCGGGCGAAACCUCCCGCGCAAUCAAGUCCCCGAGUGGGCAGCCUCAUACAUCAACUACAAGGGUCUCAAGAAGCUCGUGAAAGCUGCGUCCGAAAAGGCAAAGGAAGGAACCACGGUAGAUCCUGCAGAGCUCUUCUUCGCCCUGGAUCGCAAUCUCGAAGACGUCGACUCCUUUUACAACAAGAAAUACGCUGAAGCCUGUCGCCGCCUCAAUCUCCUCCAAGACCGCUACGGCCGCAUGCCCGAUGUUGUCGCCACCCUCGACGAUGAUGAGGUGGAAGAAGUCAUGGGCGCGCUCCUUGAGCUCCGCACCCUUCUACGCAAUAUCCAAUGGUUCGGUGAGAUCAACCGCCGCGGCUUCGUCAAGAUCACCAAGAAGCUCGACAAGAAGGUUCCCGGCAUCGCCGCCCAGCACAGCUACAUUUCCGCAAAGGUCGACACCAAGCCCUUUGCCAAGGACGGUGGCAGCUCCCGCCUCCUCGUCGAGAUCAAUCGCUGGCUCUCUGCCCUGAGCGAUGCCCAAAACGUAGACGAUGCCAAGUCGGAUCGUUCCACCCGUUCCCUCGGUCGUGCUUCCACCAAGGCGAUGCUAAACCUGCCCCAGGCACAGCUCGAUAUCCUUGACCUGGCGGUGCGCGCUGAUGACAAAAAGAGCCUCAACGAGGCCAUCCAUAAUACUGUCACUCCUUCUGAACCUGCCUCGCAAACAUUGUUACUUAACUUGCUCCAAAGAUCCAUCUCUGCUCGGUCCAAGAAAUGCAUCGUGCUGUUGUUGGGCCUCAUCAAGCACCUGGACGAACCCGACGACAUCAACGGCCGCAACUGUAUUCACCGCCUGAUCAUUCACAUUGGCCGAACAAAAUCCGCAGCCAAUAUCGACGAUCGACCUGUCCCCGCUGGUACGCAGUUCUCUACACGCCACCUGCAGCCUGCCGUGUCGGCCGCUGUUCCCAUCAAGGCCAUCAACACCAAGGAAUCGCAGCUUCUAAACAAGGAUGAUGACACUGUUCAGCUGCUACUCUUCCUCCUCGACAGUCUCAAACCCGAACAGCGUAUUUCUCUGCGCACGCGGGACUCGUUCGGUCGUAUGCCUCUGCACUAUGCCGCACAGGCAGGCUUUGUUGUGCUUUGCCAGGUCCUCAUGGCCCGCAUGCAACAAUGGAACCAGUUUGACGUUGGUGAUGGUAUCGACGCUCCCGCAUGGCAGGAUAGUGAGGGCUACGCGCCCCUGCAUCUAAGUGUCAUUGGCGGUCAUCCUCUCACUACCAAGGCGCUUUUGCAGGGUGAAAACUGGCAAGGCAGCAGCGAUGCGAAGCCUGAGUUACGAAAGCAAGUUGGCAAAUCUGGUGCCGUUCUUGCUCUCGCGACCAAAGCCAAUUACUGGGUCAUUGUGCAGAUGCUUCUUGAGGCUGGUGUCGACAUCAACUGGCGCGACAAGACUGGCGAGACAGCUCUCCACGUUGCUGCUCGCUUCAAUCACCGCGAAUGUGCCGAAGUGAUUCUUAAGGGAACAGAUGCUCAAAAGGCUGAUAUGGAGCUGACUGAGAACUCUUACUCUUGGGCACCGCUACAUGUCGCUGCCGUGGACGGCUCGCUCGACGUUGUACAACUCCUCAUAGAAGGUGGCGCACAGCUCUCCAACCCUGAUGCUUCAGGCUGGACCGCAAAGGAGCACGCCUCUCUUCGCGGACACAUGGAUAUUGCGCGACUCCUUGGCUCUUAUACGGACGAGGAAACUGAGGAAGCGCCUAAGCGUCUGGCUGAGCAAGGGCUGUCAGCAAGUCCCCCAGAGGCGUCCUCGCUCGACGGCCGUCGGUCAAAUGGAACUGUCACGAGCUGCCAGACUCGCCCUGUAGAUUCCGUCAAGACUUUUGGCCAUCGUUACCUCCGCAAUGAGAGCCUGGUCUUGGUGAACCUCGGUUCCAUGGAUAUACGCAAGACGACAGAGGCGGUCAACCUCGACAGCAUCCCGCUCACCGAGGCGCAUAGCACGCAACUCGACACAGCACUAUCGGUCGUUGUUUCUGCCGCCGGAGCCGUCGGCGAACCUACCAUUAUUGAUUUGCCUGUACAUGAUGGUAUUGCCACUGAACCUGUUGUCUUUACCACAGGAAAUGCCGAAAAGGUGAAACUCAUGUUCGAUAUUGUGCCCACGUAUUCCGGCAACCAAAAGGCCAAGGUUGGGCGUGCCGUGGCGCUUCUUUCGUCGGUCAAACCCACUAUGGGCUCUAGUCGCAUGAACCUGCAAGGUGAUGUUUGCGUUCCCAUUAUGUCUAGCAGCUUUGACAUCAUUGGCACUGUCAACUUUCACUUUCACGUCAUUACGCCUUUCCACCACCCAAAUAUGGAGAUUACCUCCCGUCAAACGUACUGGAAGAAGCUCGAGACGACCAUGCUCAUCGGCCAUCGUGGCCUGGGAAAGAAUGCCAGCUCCAACAAAUCUCUGCAGCUUGGCGAGAAUACCAUUCCUUCAUUCAUCGCCGCAGCCAACUUGGGAGCCCACUACGUUGAAUUCGACGUGCAACUCACCAAGGACCACGUCCCCGUCAUUUACCAUGAUUUUCUCGUCAGCGAGACGGGUAUCGACGCGCCCGUGCACACGCUCACCCUGGAGCAAUUUUUGCACAUUAACCCUGAGAAGCGCCAUCGCACCGACGAGAGGGCCAAACACGCUGAUUCUUAUGGAUCUGGCUCUCGUGCUCGUAGUAGCAGUUUUGCACCAAAACGCUCACACUCGAUGGGCUUUGCUGGGACCGGUUCCGGCUCUGGCGAAAUGGAUGAGCGCAUGAAGCACACGCGCGACUUCAAGGAGAAGGGCUUCAAGGCGAACUCGCGGGGUAACUUUAUCCAGGCGCCCUUUGCGACUUUGGAGGAUCUAUUCCGCAAGCUUCCAGCAGACACUGGCUUCAACAUUGAGAUGAAGUACCCGAUGCUGCACGAAACGGAGGAGCAUGACAUGGACACGUACGCUGUCGAGCUCAACUCUUUCUGCGACACUGUGCUUUCCAAAGUCUACGACCUCGCAGGCGAGCGACACGUCAUUUUUAGCUCGUUCAACCCCGACCUUUGCUUAAGUUUGAGCUACAAGCAGCCGUCAAUCCCCAUCCUGUUCCUUACAGACGCCGGCUGCAGCCCCGUCUCAGAUAUCCGUGCCUCAUCGCUGCAGGAAGCCAUUCGGUUCGCCAGCCGCUGGAACCUGCUGGGUAUUGUCUCCGCCGCAGAGCCGCUCAUCAACAGUCCUCGUCUGGUCAAGGUUGUCAAGGAGAGUGGCUUGGUCUGCGUAAGCUACGGCACAUUAAACAACGACGAGAUCAUGGUCGAGCGGCAAGUAAAGCAAGGUAUCGAUGCAGUUAUUGUUGACAGCGUUUUAAAAAUCCGACAGGGCCUUACCGCUGGGGAGUCGGCAGGUGCCGCUGUCGAGACGUCAUAA